GGGACCACGACGGCUCUUGGUGCAGAGGCUGAGUGCAGGACAGGCCCCGGGGGUGCCGAGGGGCUCUGAUGGCCUGAUCGCGGCUGGCUGAAGAUGUGUCAAGUGGGCCACCGCGAUCCUGGCAGCCACCAGAGGGUCCUCAUGAAAACAGGCCUCAUCCUCCUCAUCGUCGGGCACCUCAACUUCAUCACCGGAGCCCUCGUCCACGGCAUUGUGCUCCGCUUCGUGGUCAGCCUGCAGGAUGCAGUCUCCCUGCAGUAUGCUGUCUCGAACACCGCCUCGGCCAUCUCUGCUCUGCUGAAAUGGGUGGUUCUGGCCCUGAGCGCCAGCAGCAGCCUGGGCUCGCUGUCCUGCCUGCCAGGGCUGGCUGUUGCCAUCGGGCUGACGCUGGGCAGCCGGGGCCGGGUGCUGCUGGCGCCCUGUGCCCUCACCGAUGCUGCCCUCACCCCGCUCGCCCGGCAGUGUCCCUUCGAUCCCACCCGUGUCUAUAGCUCCACGCUGUCCCUCUGGUUCAUCUCCCUCAUGCUGGGCUCACUGGAGAUUGUCUUCAGCAUCCGCUGCCUCCUGCUCACCAUCGAGCUCCUCCGCCUCAGCUGCUGCUGCCACAGGGUGCGCCGGCAGAAGGUCUCCUUGCAGACAGCCCCUGCGGACAGCCCCAACCCUGGGCUGUGCCUGGGCUUGCUGAGCCUGGACAGUGUGGAAACCGCCCAGCUGUGA